UUGGUUAUGGCAGCUCGGGCAAGAAGCUGUUGAGCUGGACCACGUUCCUUUAGAUGAGAAGCCACACAAGCAGUGGUAUUUAUGAGCCUCCAUUUCUUAUACUACUGCAGUGAACCAACCUUGGAUGUGAGAAUUGCCUUUUGUCAGGGAUUUGAUAAACACGUGGAUGUGUCAUCUAUUGCCAAACACUACAACAUGAGCAAAAGCAAGGUAGACAACCAGUUCUACAGUGUGGAAGUGGGAGACUCAACCUUCACAGUUCUUAAGCGCUACCAGAACCUGAAGCCGAUUGGCUCUGGGGCUCAGGGAAUAGUUUGUGUGACAGCCACGGUCCACUUGGGUCAACACCAACGUGUGACAGUCAUGGUCCACCUGGAUCAACACCAACGUGUGACAGCCACGGUCCACUUGGGUCAACAUCAACGUGUGACAGCCACGGUCCACCUGGGUCAACACCAAUGUGUGACAGCCACGGUUCACCUGGAUCAACACCAACAUGUGACAGCCAUGGUCCACCUGGAUCAACAUCAACGUGUGACAGCCACGGUCCACUUGGGUCAACACCAACGUGUGACAGCCAUGGUCCACCUGGAUCAACACCAACGUGUGACAGCCACGGUCCACUUGGGUCAACAUCAACGUGUGACAGCCACGGUCCACUUGGGUCAACAUCAACGUGUGACAGCCACGGUCCACCUGGGUCAACACCAACAUGUGACAGCCAUGGUCCACCUGGAUCAACACCAACGUGUGACAGCCACGGUCCACUUGGGUCAACAUCAACGUGUGACAGCCACGGUCCACCUGGGUCAACACCAAUGUGUGACAGCCACGGUUCACCUGGAUCAACACCAACAUGUGACAGCCAUGGUUCACCUGGGUCAACAUCAACGUGUGACAGCCACGGUCCACCUGUGUGUGCUGGAUUCACACACAGAAGGCCAACAGAGGGAGUUCCUUACCCAGCAGACAUGUUUCUUUGCAACUGGUCAUAAGAUAAUGCUUGGAUUACAGUUGGAGUACAGCUUGGAGUACAGCACUAAAUUAGCAAGUAGAUUGGUAGCUAAAAAUGCAAAAGGUUUCGGAGGUCCUGGUACCAACAGUCCAUACUGUGUUCUGAAGUCAGACUCCCUUUUGAAUCUUGACAGUGCUGCGUACGAUGCUGUCCUUGACAGAAAUGUGGCCAUUAAGAAGCUCAGCAGACCCUUCCAGAACCAAACUCAUGCCAAGAGGGCUUACCGGGAGCUGGUCCUCAUGAAGUGUGUGAACCAUAAAAACAUUAUUAGCUUAUUAAAUGUUUUUACACCCCAGAAAACACUGGAGGACUUCCAAGAUGUUUACUUAGUGAUGGAACUGAUGGAUGCCAACUUGUGUCAGGUGAUUCAGAUGGAGCUGGACCACGAGCGGAUGUCUUACUUGCUGUACCAGAUGCUGUGUGGUAUAAAGCAUCUCCACUCUGCUGGAAUCAUCCACAGGGACUUAAAACCCAGUAACAUUGUAGUCAAGUCUGAUUGCACACUGAAAAUCCUCGACUUCGGACUGGCCAGGACGGCAGGCACGAGCUUCAUGAUGACUCCGUAUGUGGUGACGAGAUACUACAGAGCCCCCGAGGUCAUCCUGGGCAUGGGCUACAAGGAGAACGUUGACAUGUGGUCAGUAGGGUGCAUCAUGGGAGAAAUGGUAAAAGGCACAGUGCUGUUUCCUGGCACUGAUCAUAUCGACCAAUGGAACAAAGUCAUCGAGCAGCUAGGAACUCCGUGUCCAGAAUUCAUGAAGAAACUGCAGCCCACAGUCAGAAACUACGUGGAGAAUCGGCCCAAGUACGCAGGACUCACCUUCCCCAAGCUCUUUCCAGAUUCCCUCUUCCCAGCGGAUUCUGAGCACAAUAAACUUAAAGCCAGCCAAGCCAGGGAUUUGUUGUCUAAGAUGUUAGUGAUUGACCCAGCGAAGAGGAUAUCCGUGGACGACGCGCUGCACCACCCGUACAUCAACGUUUGGUACGACCCGGCUGAAGUGGAGGCGCCUCCGCCUCAGAUAUACGAUAAGCAGCUGGAUGAAAGGGAGCACACCAUCGAAGAGUGGAAAGAACUUAUCUACAAGGAGGUAAUGAACUCAGAAGAGAAGACUAAGAACGGCGUAGUCAAGGGCCAGCCCUCACCUUCAGGUGCAGCAGUGAACAGCAGUGAGAGUCUCCCUCCAUCCUCGUCUGUCAACGACAUCUCCUCCAUGUCCACCGACCAGACCCUCGCCUCCGACACUGACAGCAGCCUGGAAGCCUCGGCAGGACCGUUGGGUUGCUGCAGGUGACUAGCCGCCUGCCUGCGAAACCCAGCGUUCUUCAGGAGAUGACGCGAUAGAACA